GUGUGCACCUGCCCCGAGCAUCCUCCGGCUCCAGCGCCGGCUCCUCGACGCGUCUCCCCAUGUCCGUGCAUCUUCCUGGCCCAGCUGCUUUCCGUACUGCCUGUAUUUUUUGGGCCCUUUUUCCUUCCUAUCCCGAUUUACAGCCGCGGACUGGAGCAGCUUGAAACGGAGCGAGUCAGAAGUGUACUUUCUCUUUCAUGCCAUUGGGAACCAUCAGACCUGUUCACUGACUAAAAUGAGCUGUAAGUUUUUCUUUUCUUUAGCAUUUUUUUUUUCCCUUAUGGAAGAUAUUAUAUAGCAACUCUGAAAAGAUCCACCGAUGUUCCCAGAACUGCAGUUAUAUUCUGCAAAAUGUGAACACUUGUCUCUAUUUUCUUAUGUUGAUCUAACUUUUAUAUUAUGAGGAGCCUGUCUUAUCUGAAGCUCCUAUCUUUAGCAUCAGUGUUCUUCUUGGACAAUGGGGCUCAGUAAUUUCUUCUACAACGCUGCUUUGCAAAUGCAAAACUCUUCUUCAGCCUUUUAUAGAUCAGCAGAAAUGCUGUUGUCUGUGAACUCCUCCCCUUUUGGGGAAAUGAAGACUGAUCUUUUGCUCCUAGUUUCAUUUCAGGGAUGCAUUCAUAUCCUCAGGGUGGGAACAAGCAGAUAAAGCUUUCUAAUAUACCUGUAAAGGAGUUUAGUAUUGAACUUUAAUCUUUUUUCUUCUAUAAUCACUAAGUGAAGAAAAUGCUAUUUUCUAAAAAAUGUAUAAAUUCUAUGUGACACAACAUUCCAAACACUUUGUACAAAACCACACCCUCCAUACUUUGCAAACAGAAGUAUAAACAGAGCAGAUGGGUAUGCACGUCUUCAUGGGGAUGUAGUGAGGCCGUACCUAUUUACACAGAUCUUUGUGAGCUCACAGGUGUUUGGGGUGGAUCCUUGCCUGUUCCUUCAUGUGGUUUGCAUUGUUUGAUGGCACACGGUCAACUUUCUGUUGUUCUUGAUUGGAGCUGUGGUUUUGUUUACAAGUUUUAAAACCUGAUAAAAUCCCUUGAACUUUCAGAUUGUGCUUUUUGAUGUUUGUUCUGCAGAUUUGUAUUUUCCUAGAGCAACUUCUGGAUUGUGACAGCAGUAAAAGCAAGGACCUUUUUUUUCCCCUUUGCCUUGAGGAGGAUGCUGUCUCUGGGACUUUUGCUCCUGGAAUAUUGCUCUUCACCUUUAAAGUGAAGCUCUUCCUUUGACCUCUGUCUUACAGUGCCUGAUUCCUUUUUAAAGAGAGUGAGAAUGGCUCCAAAAAGAAACAGUGCAUCUUCUGGUAUAAGUCUGUGCCUUUGCAACCUGCCAAAGCCAUGAGUCAGUUUCCAAAAUAAGUUCCUACUUCUGCUUGUAUUACACUAACUCUAAUUCUUCUCCCCUCAGCCUAGAUGGUAUGAUAUAUUCCAGAAGCUGCUAAUGUAUUUAUUCAAUACUGAGGGCCAAAGAAGAUCCAAUUCAUCACCACUGUUUCAGAGGAGUUUUAAGUUCUCAGGCAGGCGCAACUGGAAUGCAGCAAUAGACUUGCAGAGAUACAGACAUCGUUACCCGGGCUUGAUAGAAUCGGAAACUGACGAGGAAGAAGAUAUGUGGAACUUGAGCUUCUACAAAAAUGAGAUUGCUUUUAUGCCCCAUGGUUUGCAUAUUGAAGAUCUGCUUGAAUCUUGGUGGGACAACUAUGAAGUUCUGGAAGAAAACCAUUCAUACAUACAGUGGCUAUUUCCUUUACGUGAACAUGGGAUGAAUUUUCGUGCGAAGCCACUCACGUGUCAAGAAAUUGAGGCCUUGAAGAAGUCAGAGGAAGUUAUGGAAAGGUUUAUACGUGCUUAUCGACUCAUGUUGAGAUUUUAUGGAAUAAUUCUAGUGAACCAGGAAACUGGAGAACUUGAGAGAGCGGAGAAUUGGGCUGAAAGAUUUCUAAACUUGAACAGGUUUAGCCACAACAACUUAAGGAUUACUCGCAUCCUGAAGUGCCUGGGGGAGAUGGGAUAUGAACACUAUCAAGUGCACUUGGUGAAGUUUUUCCUAACAGAAACUCUUGUUAAUGAGACAUUGCCAAAUGUCAAGAGAAGUGCCUUGGAUUACUUCCUGUUCACCAUCAGAAGCAAGCGGAAGAGAAGAGAACUAGUUCACUAUGCUUGGCAACACUACAAACCUCAAGGCAGCUUUGUGUGGGGGCCCCAUGACAAACUCUUGAAGUACAGACCCCGCUCCACCAAGUCGAAGCUGCACCAAAAGGCUGAAAACAAACAGGAAACUCCUGGUAAAAAGAUUGAUGAUUCAGUAGAAGAGGGUCAGAACCAGUCUCCAGAGGAGGAACAGAAGGUUGGAGACACUGCUGAUUUGCAAACUGAAGCUAAUAAAGAGGACACGAGGGAGAAGAUAAGUGAGUGUGUUUCAGAAGGAGGGGAUGAUGAAGAUGAUGAUAAAACUUCAUUUGCCCAGCAGGAGAAGGACUGCAACAGUGAGGCUGAAGUGCAAGAUGCAGCAGAGAAUGACUGCACAAAGGAGAGCAAGAAGAGAAAACUGGAUGCAAAUAUAGCAGACAACAUAAAGAGUGGACUGCUGAAAAGCCCUUCUGAUAUUGAGAAAAUCUCCAGUAAUCUGGAAGAGUGUGCAAUUGAUGCAGAAAUCCCCUCGAAUCCACUCGUACAAACAGGACAGGACCAAGAAACACCGAAGGAGGAAAAUGCAAAUGCCAAAGAGGUAACAGUGCCAGAGACUGGUGAUGCUGCCAUAAAAAGGAGGAAAGUUGAUAAAAGAACACAAAGAAAUAAAACAUUCAACUUGGCCAUAAAUCUAAACAUGGCACCACCCGCCCACAGUGCCCAGUCACACCCAUCUGUUUCAAACGCUAAGACUGAAGAUGAAAAAGUCGGUGAGAAAAAGGCAGCUGUGGAGGAGAUGAGUGGGAAGGCUGAGGGCAAUGCAAUUGGUGGGGCUUUGAGCUCCUCGGCUGCCUCUGUGCUUCCCAGCACUGCUCAGACUUCUCCACUGAGUGAUGGCAUGGAGUUAAGUGCAGAUCAAGUCGCAGCAAGGAGUGAUGAGCACCACUGCAACACCACCCUCCUGGAAAGCAACAGUGAGGCAGGUGGGGUAGAACAGCAUAAAAACACAGCAAAUGUGAGUGAAAAAGAAGGUGCAAAAGCCACAGACAACAAACAAGUUCCAGGGAGUCCUGAGCAGAGCUUUGCAUCCUCCUGUGCUGAACAAGACAGUGCGGAGGUUGCAAUACAAAGAACGGAUAGCUCUGAGCAUACAGCAGAGCCUGGGGAAGAGCACAUAGCAACAGCGUGAGAGCAGCACGGUGAGCACUCAAGCAAGCAGAGGUGCACUGCCCUACCUGCUGAGAGCUGACUUCCAUGAGCUGUACACUAUGGAGAAAAUAAACUUUGGACUGAUUCAGGCUAUCCCCUGUCUCAUUUUCAACCUUCCUCACUUUGAUAAGGUCGUCCAUCAGUACUGACUUUGCUGAGAACCAACACUUGGUUACCCUACAGAGGAAAACUUUAAAUUAGUCAUCUUCCACAACAAGCUGUGUUGUUUGUGUUCCUAUUUUUUAUCUGAUGUUCAUAAUUCUCUUGGAGCAACAGGGAUUUUUGCACUUUGCUUUGGUUCUGGUAUAUUUCUUUUUAAAGAAGGAGAAUGUUAAUCGGUUUUCUUGUUUGAACUAGUGAAGUAUUUAAUACAUACAUGGAUUUUAAUGUAAGAUAGCAUGAUCUAAUUUGCCAGACCUUUCUAUUACCAUAUAAGUUCUUGGUUGCUUUGGAAGGCAGCACCUUCCCAAGAAGACUUUUUUUGCUGCAGAGGUGUCUCUUUCCUGGGGCAUUUGCCUGGAGGAGAUGAGAGUUCACUUUGCAUCAUGUAAGAGUGUUGUUGUCUCUCCUCCUGUAAGAAAACAAGUUUGAAUUAAGGCCAGGAUAAAUUGUGUAAUCUUAGUGUGUCUCUGACCAGUAUUAACCUUCGUGUACAGAGAACGUUCUCCAUGGUGCAAAAACAUUGGAUUUCUUGUUUUCUUUAUCCUCUGCAGUUGUUGUUUCAUAGUGCUUGUUGAAUUUAUUGAGAAUACAAAUUGUCUACGGGUUUCUAAGGGGGGGGGGGGGGGGGGAAACCUUCAGACUUCUCAUAAAGCUGUCUGGAGCCCCUCUUCCCCAGCUUUUUCCACUGUGUUCAGGAGCUUGGUAGUCUUCCAUGUAAACCUACCCACUGCUGAUGCAAAGCCCUUUCUUCCUCUGUUGCUAAAGUGGAACAAAUGUUUCUGUCAUUGUGUUUUCUCUGAAUUUGUUGCUAUUUGAAGCAAUCUGAGGGGCUCUUUUCUGCUGGCCUGCUGGAUGAAGCUAGAUGUCUCAGCUCUAACCUGCAUCCCAGUUGUGGCAGGAUCAUUCUACCAUUAAUGAUCAGCUUGUCAGACAGCGAGGUCGUGCUUGAGUGCAGCAUGUCUGGUAACUGCUGGAGCUUUGUUAUGGGGCAGUUAAUUGAACCUUUAAUUGAAGGGGGAUAUGCUUGUCUGCUUCAUUCAUUUACAGCCAUCAACAAUUUACUUUCAGACCUCGCCCACUGUUCUCCUGCCUUUAUGCUACUGACCUCUCUGCGAGCUGUUCUGCCUGACUUCUGUAGGGUCCAACCGAGUCUGAGGGAAUAUUAAACAAUUCAGCACUUCUGCUCAGAGAUGUACAGCAGAGGACCCGUUUAUGAAGCAGAGGAAACGCUUUCACCAGCUGUUGAACGGAGAAGUCCGACAUGCUGUUUGCUCAGAUUGAUUGUUUCACUUUUGGGGUUUUUAGGUGUUUGUUUUGUGUGGGAGACAGCUGGGGGUUGCCCACCUCACUGGAGAGCAGAUGCAGCAGCCUGUGCAGUGUUUGGCCUCUCUGCUACAGCUUUUUGUUUGUUAGAAGCUUCACCUUUCAAGGCAUUUGAUCUGUGAUUUUUCCUCCCCAGGCUGCAGGCCCUGCUUCAGCACAUCGUAUCCUCGUGUGUGGGAAUAGAAGUCUGCAAGCUUAGUAUUUAAUGGUGAUGGUCACAUGCUGGAAAAAGGCCUCAAUGUUUUUAAAGCAUUUUCUUUCUUAUGAAAAGGUGGUGUUAAAUGGCCAAUAAGAAUGCACUUAGCUCUACAGGUGUAAAAACUUGAAGUUGAGUAAAAAUUCUUUCAUAAGAGGUUCAUAAAGAGUUGUCAAUCAUGGGGUUUUUGUACAGAUUUAUAGUAUUUUGUUAUUUAAUGACAUUUUCAUUGUGAAUAUAUGCUCAGCUGAGGCAUAAAUCAUAAAUCUUGUACAGUGAUGUGCAGUUUGUCUUCUGUUUAUUGGGAUUUCACUGUGAGCUCUGGUCUGGAGUGCUCAAAACAAACCAUUUCCUGUUGUGUUCAGUUUAGAGUUUUGGCUGUAGGUGUUUGCAGUGAUUUCACAGGAUGUAUUUUCAGCACUCAGAGCUGUAUGACGGUCUGUUGCAUUAACAUCACCUAUUAAAGCAUGUAUUUAAUGCA